UCCGCCCCCUGUCCCCGGUUCACGUGAUCGUGCUAGGGGAGAAAACGCCUGACCCCAGCCCCCGGCCUUAUCCGGGCCACCCUUUUCCUCCUGCGGUUCAUCCGCCUUUUGCCCUUCAGACACCUGCGCGUCCCUCUCUACUCGGUCCCGGGGCCCUCCCCCGGAGCCCUGUCCGCCAUGUGGCUCCUGCCUCUGGCCCCAAGUGGGCCCCGGCGGAACAGCCCCUGUCACCUGCCUUCCUGCAGCCCAGCGCUGCUGCUGCUGCUGGGGAGCUGCCUGGGGGUCUGUGGGGUGGCGGCGGGCUCUCGGAGGCCCAAUGUGGUCCUGCUCCUCACCGACGACCAGGAUGAAGUGCUCGGCGGCAUGACACCACUAAAGAAAACCAAGGCUCUCAUUGGAGAAAUGGGGAUGACUUUCUCCAGUGCUUAUGUGCCAAGUGCUCUUUGCUGCCCGAGCAGAGCCAGUAUCUUGACAGGGAAGUACCCACAUAAUCAUCACGUUGUUAACAACACUUUAGAGGGAAACUGCAGUAGUAAGUCUUGGCAGAAGAUCCAAGAACCAAAUACUUUCCCAGCAAUUCUCAGAUCGAUGUGUGGUUAUCAGACCUUUUUCGCAGGGAAAUACUUAAAUGAGUAUGGAGCCCCAGAUGCCGGUGGACUAGAACACGUUCCUCUAGGCUGGAGUUAUUGGUAUGCCUUGGAAAAGAAUUCUAAAUACUAUAAUUACACCCUCUCUAUCAAUGGGAAGGCACGGAAGCAUGGUGAGAACUACAGUGUGGACUACCUGACAGAUGUUCUGGCUAACAUCUCUUUGGGCUUCCUGGACUACAAGUCCAACUCUGAGCCGUUCUUCAUGAUGAUCUCCACACCAGCACCUCAUUCUCCUUGGACAGCCGCACCUCAGUACCAGAAGACCUUCCAGAACGUCUUUGCACCAAGAAAUAAGAACUUCAACAUCCAUGGAACGAAUAAACACUGGUUAAUUAGGCAAGCCAAGACCCCAAUGACUAAUUCUUCAAUACAGUUUUUAGAUAAUGCAUUUCGGAAAAGGUGGCAAACUUUACUGUCAGUUGAUGACCUUGUGGAGAAACUGGUCAAGAGAUUAGAGUUCAAUGGGGAACUUAACAACACGUACAUCUUUUAUACUUCAGACAAUGGCUAUCACACAGGACAGUUUUCUUUGCCAAUAGACAAAAGACAGCUGUAUGAGUUUGAUAUCAAAGUUCCACUGCUGGUUCGAGGACCUGGGAUCAAACCAAAUCAGACAAGCAAGAUGCUCGUUGCCAACAUUGACUUGGGUCCUACUAUUUUGGAUAUUGCUGGAUAUAACCCAAAUAAGACACAGAUGGAUGGGAUGUCUUUAUUGCCCAUUUUGAAAGGUGCCGGCAAUCUGACUUGGCGAUCAGAUGUCUUGGUGGAAUAUCAAGGAGAAGGCCGUAAUGUCACCGACCCAACCUGUCCUUCACUGAGUCCUGGAGUAUCUCAAUGUUUCCCAGACUGUGUCUGUGAAGAUGCUUACAAUAACACCUACGCCUGUGUGAGGACCCUGUCGGCGCAGUGGAAUUUACAGUAUUGUGAGUUUGAUGACCAGGAGGUAUUUGUAGAAGUCUAUAACCUGACUGCAGAUCCAGACCAAAUCACAAACAUUGCUAAAAGUAUAGACCCAGAGCUUUUAGGAAAAAUGAACUACCGGCUAAUGAUGUUACAGUCCUGUUCUGGACCAACCUGUCGCACUCCAGGGGUGUUUGACCCUGGAUACAGGUUUGACCCUCGGCUCAUGUUCAACAGUCAUGGCAGGGUCAGGACGCGAAGGUUUUCAAAGCAUCCUCUGUAGCGACGUCUGCAGCUGGGUCCCCGCACGCCUCUGCCUGAUGGAGUGAUUGUAGUAGGUAUCUGUAGCUAGUCCUCAAGACCACGCCUGGAAGAGUUUCUGGACUGGCUCUCAGUCCUGUUUGAAAGAGCAACCCAAUCGGGAGACUUCCUUGUGCAAAGUGUUAAACUGUGAACUCUGCCCUUACGUCAGGAAUGGCUGGCCCUGGUCCCUUCACUCAGCUAAUCACGAAUGCUCCUGAGGUCUUCGUUCUCACCAUACCCUUUCCUGGGGUUACAGUUCUUGAUUAUUCCCCAUGUGGUCAGAGUCUGAAUUUGUAAAUCCAUUCAGAUAAAUGGCAAUACUUGGGGGGCGGGGGAGUAUUUUACAGCUUGACUACUUCACUAUCAAAAAUACCAACAUCACAUGGCUUGAAUAACCAUCAGAGCAAGAACAAGUACCACCAUUUUCAGAUUAGUCACAAUGUGGUAAGGUCACAAAUUCAAAACCCAUCUGUCAACCAAACACUGUUUUUUGUUGUUGGGUUUUUGUUGUUUCGUUUCUUCUGCAUUCUGGGCUGGUGCUACACUGAUAUAGAACAGUCAGUUUUUGGUAAAGGCUAAUUCCAGGUGGUUCUAAAAGGUGAUAGCCAUCUCCUUUCUGGUGGCUGCUAACUACAUGCUAACCACAAGUGGGAAUGUCUCUUCUUUUGAUAAUUACCCCUCUGAGAUCUGAAAAACAAAGUGGCUUAGGUAUCUCAGCGGAGAAAGAACUUCCAAGGGUUGGUGAAGGUUGCAUUUUCUGAGGGCCUGCUGUAGACAGGGCUCUUGGGUUGACAGGCUGAAGGGCUAUAGUUGAGAUAGAGUAAGUGCCUGUGUAGCAGGGAGCCUGGGUUCAGUUUUGACUCUGCAUUUUGUUGACAUUCUGUUCAUCUGGUAUAGUUGAUGCGAAGUUCCAACUGCUUUACCCUAAUUCCUUCCCUUUUAGAGUUCUUCCUGAGUGUUUGGAGUCUUGGGUAAUUUGGGCCUCACUCACUGUUCCCCGGCCAAAGUCAGACCUUGUUGAGAUUUCCUCACUGUUUAGAACACCUACAUUUGUAGGUUUCUGGGCUCAAAGACCAGUCCUGUUUCUAUUGUUUUCUUCACAGGAAAGCUAAUCUGUGGUGGGACGGCAGAGGGAGGAGGAAGAGCUGUGGUUUAUAACCUGUUCAACUCAGGCAAUAGUGAUUUUAGCUUUAUUUAAGGUCUUAGGUUGAGCUUUAAGCACUUUGUAAGACAUGGCUGUAAGCAACUUCUCUGUCCGAACUCCAGAUCUGGAGCCAUGUUGGGUUAAUAGCCAUUGGGUUUGUUCCUUUACCUCAUGCAAUCCCAGUAACUGUGGUGGUAUUUAGAGGUGAAAUCGGCAAGUGAAAUGAACACCUCUGCUGUGAAUGUUUUAGGGAAAGAAAUUCUAAUUAUUUUGUAAUUAAAAGCAAACUACAAUGUUAAAUAUGGGUAUCAGCUUUAUUCUACACUUUGAUUCUUAACAUUAAUCAGUCAACUUCUACCUUACUGAAAGUUGACCAUAGUUAUUCCCGAAUAAAAAGAAACCAACUCUUACCAGGUCUUAUAUUGUGAUGUCCUAUUAUUCAGUUUUAUGAUGCUGGUUCCUGAGAGCCGGCAAAGUCAUAAGAGUGACACAAGUCCAGCUGCCCAUAGUAACCCUGCCACACUGCUCUUAACAUUCCGCGGACUGCUGUUUGGGUGGUGGGGAUGGGAUGCCCACUCUGUGUACCUCUCCUGUAUCUGGUACAUUUCCUACUAACUUGGGAAUGGCCUAUAAUUCGACUUUCUCUUAGACUGGCUUCAUUCUGGAUCUGUGCUAAAAUCAUCUUUCAUAAAGAGGACUCAGUUCAUAGCCUAGCAAACUUCAACACACUGAACUUUUCAGAAUGUAUAUGUACAAGGAACACAUUGCAAGCCAAGUCUCUUAAUUGUAUGAAUUUGGAUUUUGAUUGUUUUCUCUUUUACAAGGCCAGGUCUGGACUGGUUGGUGCCCUUCAGAGGAGAAAACUAACCAUUAGAAAAGCGACCCAAGGCCACAGGAAUGAACAGAGAUUUUUGCCUUACAAGAUUUCCUAUUAAAAUCUCCCCCCCAAAUACCCAGUGGGGAACCCCUUUUGAGCAUCUUUGAAUUUGUCCAACGGUACUGUUGCAAAAUACAUUUUAAUUGACAAUAUUAAGGAUUUUGUACAAAAUAGUGACAGUAGCCAUGGAAGUUACAUCUUAAUCUGUGAGAAACGUUCUUAAAUUUAUUUUUGGUGUCUAAGGAUUAGUGCUUUAACAAAAUAAGAUGGAUUGUUCCACAGUCCUUAUUAAGAGAAAGCAAAGGCUAUUUCAGCUGAUCCGCCAAUGAAUUAGAUGGGCAUAUUUGGGUUUUUUACUUUGACCACCACUUAGGUCCCAUGACCUCUGUCAAUUCCUGUGUUUGUGUCAUCUGUUCCUAGAAGUUACUCUGCCCUGGCUUUGUGUCAUCUCAGUCACCUGACUUAGAAAGUGCCCUUCAAAAGACCCUGUUCACUGCUGCACUUUUCAACAAAUUAAAGUUUAUUUCUGUUCCA